AGCUUUUUGAAUAGUUUUACCAUUUUAACAAGUUUUUUAUUUUUAACCUAAUAUUUUCACGAAACAUAAAAGGUAGCGUCGCUUUUAUUUUGACAAAAAGGCAAUUAAAAAAUCAAAUGCAAAUAUUUUGGAACGUAAAAUGAAUUACAAUAUUUCCGCUUUCAUAACGGAAUUAAAUAGUUCUACCAAAAGUUCAAACGAUUAUAAAAGCUUCUCGCUAACAAGUGCAGUACUUAAAAUGGUAGCAGUGGGGAUUUUAAGUAUUAUAACAGUGUUUGGAAAUUUACUUAUCGUUUUAGUAUAUUGUAAAAGUAAACAAAUCCGAAGCCGGACAAACAUACCUUUAAUAUCAUUGGCUAUCACUGACAUGUUUAUAGGAUUUUAUCCAAUAAACAUAAACAUGAUAGAAGUUGCACUGGGAUAUUGGCCCUUAGGAAAAGUGAUGUGUAACAUAUCAUUAUUGCUUGAUUAUAUUUCAAUUCAAACAUCAAUAAACUACAUUGUAAUAAUCAACUUUGAUCGCCAUUAUUCUAUUAAACAUCCUUUAAAGCAUAGAAUGAAUAAAACAAGAACAAGAAUUAUGCUGCAGUUAUUUUUUGGGUGGCUAUCUGCGGUUGUACUGUGGCUACCUUACAUAUGUUUUUAUCAGUAUACGGUGAGGAAAAUGAACAUGCCGGAAACAUUAUGCUAUGAACAGUUUGCUAAAACAAAUGAUGUGUCCUUUAAAAGAUAUUUUAUUUUCAUAACGUCCGUGUUAGGUUAUUUUUUACCACUGAUAGUGAUUCUUGUGGUCUAUACAAAAAUGUAUUUUAUGAUAAGACGCCAAUCAAUUGAAAUUUUAAAGAUCAACACAACUCCGUCGAAUGAAAAAUCUUUGGAGUGCGAUACUUUGCCUUCUCAAUCUAACAAUUUGCAAGAAUUAAAAAAUGGAUCGAGAAGAGUGUCCGAUUUGUUUAGCGUUACUUCAAUUUGUUUAAAUAGAAAAACAUCUCAAAGUUAUACUUUACCAUCUAUACCAGACACUUUUAAAAAAGAAUUUUGUUAUAUCAGAAAAACUUCACAGAAUAAUAUGCAACUUUCAUUUUCAAAACCUGCGGAAAUCAAUAACAAUAAAGCAAGAAGAAAAUCGCAGUUUUUUAAUAAACAAAAAGAAAUACUCAAGCAAAAAAAAGCCCUGCUGAUGAUUGGGUGUAUAGUCUCAGCCUUUAUUAUCACUGGGCUCCCUCUUAGUGCUCAAUGGUUUUUAGUUGCAAUAUGUCCUAGCUGUUUUCAUAAGUUAGUUUUUGAUAUUUCUAACUUUAUAACUUAUCCAAAUUCUACCCUAAAUCCAUUUCUUUAUGCGCUUGUCAAUCGAAACUUUCGUCACCAUAUGAAGAAGCUGAUUUGCAGAGUUUUUAUCCAAUCUAAACUUGAGAAUAAAAAUAAAAUAAAUGAAGAUACAGUUAGAGAAUUUUCUGUUAGCGAAUAUUCAUAAAAAAAAAAUAAUAAUAUUGA